GUUUAAUAUUAUAUGAAUGUUCUGUGUAUUUUGACUUAAGAGUUCAACAUUUCUGUUUCAUCGCUAUGUCAGUCCACAGCGAAAAUUCACAAUGUGGGGGUCUUAGUGAACAUGUUGAGUCCCUUGAAGCAGAGUUAGCUAGAUUAAAUGAACGGUUAAAAUCUCAGAUUGAUGAGGCUGAAAUAGAGAGACUAAAGACACUUAUUGAUGAUAUCAAUGCUAAAAUACAAAUUCAAAGGGUAUCAGUAACAGAGCCAACCUCCAAUGUUGAACCCCGUAAAUCCUCGCGAGAGAGAAAGUUAACUCCCAAAAUGCUGGAGCUAAAACAACAAGAGAUCUCUCAAAAGGAGAAUAAGUUUGUUAUUUUAUAUGACAAAUGGAAGGAGCAAAUCAGAGCUGCACGCUCCUCACUCAAAAAUGAGUGCUCUGACAAGGAUUUGUGUUGUAUGAUGGAUGAUGUAGAAGGGCUAGAGGCUCUAGUGAAGGAUGCAUACGAGAAUGUCCGAGCACAGUCUCUACCUUCCACUGAUAUCAGACGUAAAAUGGAUUCAUGCACAGCAGUAACUGCAGAUGUGAUGGUGCUACUGAAAGUGCGGAUGAGUGAAGUGGGGCAAGAUGACUUUGACGCUAAGGCAGAAAAUGCAAGAUUGCACACGACGCUCGACAGAGAGUACGCACAGUCGAUAUUUAGUGCCUCAGUCCUCGAAGCUUCCAUUUGUAGUCGCCAGUCGAGAUGCUCAUCAGAACAGCAAAGUAUCACAGUAAAAAGAGCGGACUGUGCCGCACAACUUGCAGCCAAAAAGGCAGAGAUUGAAAUGGAUGAGGCAAUUGCUGCACAAAGGCAAGAACUGAAAAGACUGGAAGAUCAGCGAGACCUUCAAGUAAUAGCUGCUAAAAUGAAAGCUUACUCUGAAGCAGGCUCGGAUGAGGUCCCUGGAGUGGGUGUGAGUCACUGUCCUCCUGUGUCUAACAAAAUUGAAAGGAUAAAAGAGGAACCAUUGCAUCAAAACAAUGAACAAUCUAACAACGUAAGCAAAAACAUUUCUUUAGCUCAAGCAAUACAUGACGCAAUGGCACUCACCAGACUUCCAGCACCCGAGCCCUCGGUCUUCUCAGGAGACCCACUCAAGUUCAUAGAGUGGAGCACCAGUUUCAAAGCACUCAUAGAAAGUAGAUGCACAAAUCCAGCUGACAGAUUGUUCUACCUUCAGAAAUACAUCAGCGGCGAAGCACGGUCAGUGCUGGAAGGAAGCUUCUACAGGAAGGAUGAAGAAGCUUACAACCAAGCAUGGGAGGCAUUGAAUGCUCGCUAUGGCCAUCCCUUUGUAAUCCAGUGUGCAUAUAGAGAAAAACUGAAUAACUGGCCAAAGAUAAGUUCGAGAGACUCUGUUAAACUCAGACAGUACAGUGACUUCCUGACUGCUUGCAGCAAUGCCAUGCCACACAUUAAAGGUCUUCAGGUAUUGAAUGAUUGUGAAGAAAAUCAGAGGAUGCUACAAAAACUCCCCGAUUGGGUGACAUCACGCUGGAAUCGACAUGUAACAAAACAGCUGCAAGAAACACAUGAAUAUCCCAGUUUCGAAGAGUUUGCCAAGUUUUUGGCUCAUGAGGCAGAUGUGGCAUGUAACCCUGUAACAUCCCUGUAUGCCUUGAAAUCAUCUGAAGAAAGGCCUUCCAGAGACAUGAAGCGGCCAAAGGCCAAUGUAUUCAUUACAAAUACAAAGGAAUCAGAAAAAUCCAACACAGUGAUGAAAACACAAGGCUCUGUGGAGAACAGCACAAGAGAGACAAAUGACUCAAAGAGGUUAAACAUGCCAUUCAGUUCUCCCAGUCCAGUUAAAUGCAUGUACUGUAAGGAAAGUCACUCCAUUCACAAAUGCCAGGCACUCACCAAUAAGUCACCAGAAGAAAAGAAAAGAUUCAUACUGGACAGAAAUCUGUGUUUUGGUUGUCUUAAGAAAGGACACAAUUCAAGGGACUGCAGAAACAAGGCAACCUGUGGCAUAUGCAAAAAACAGCAUCCAACACCGUUGCAUGAGCACCGCAGCACUUCUUCAGACGCGUCUCCCCAUGCUGUUGUGCAAGCAGAAGAGUCAUCUUCACUCUCUUGCUCCAUAGACAAAGGUGAUGGUGGGAGCACAUCCAUGAUAGUGCCUGUGUGGCUCUCAUCAGUCACAACUCCUGAAACAGAGACAUUGGUGUAUGCUUUGUUAGAUACGCAGAGUAGCACUACCUUUGUAGACAAAGAGGUGUGUGAGAAGAUGGGGACAGGGUUAGAGCCGGUCAAGCUAAAACUUACCACUAUGAUGGGAAAAGAUUCCAUUGUUCAGAGUGACAGGGUUAGUGGUCUUAGAGUCAGAGGGUUUGCUUUAAAUAGCUUUGUUAACUUGCCACCUGCAUACACCAGAGACUUCAUCCCACUUGAACGCACACACAUUCCUACACCUGCAACAGCAAAAGGGUGGAAGCACCUGAGUGCUAUAGCACACGAAAUACCAGAGUUGUUAGACUGUGAAGUUGGACUCUUAAUAGGCUAUGACUGUUGUAGGGCACUAGCACCACGACAUGUUAUUACAGGUGGUGAUGAAGAGCCAUAUGCCAUUAGGACUGACUUGGGAUGGAGUAUUGUUGGUAGUUCACCAAAGACUGCUAAGUCCACAGAGGUAACAGGUCUUUGCCAUCGUGUGUCCGUCAAAGAGCUUCCAUCAUUAACACCAGCUGCUGUUCUCAGAGUCCUUGAAUCUGAUUUCAGAGACACAAAUUAUGGAGAGAAGACCAUAUCACAAGAUGAUAUUCAGUUCAUGCAGAUCAUGAACCAGACAAUACAGCAGAACUCAGAUGGCCACCUGGAAAUGCCUCUUCCUUUCAAAACACGUCCACACCUACCAGAAAACAAGCACCUGGCUCUGGUGAGACUGAAGCACCUGAAAGUGAAACUUGAGAGGAAUCCCAAAUUCAAGGAGGAUUAUAUUAGAUUCAUGGCAGGUGUCAUCGAAGGUGGAGAAGCAGAGAAGGCGGAAGGCUCACCCCCGGACGGAAAUGUGUGGUAUAUACCACAUCAUGGUGUCUAUCACCCAAGAAAACCUGAGAAGAUUAGAGUUGUAUUUGAUUGUUCUGCUAAAUAUGAGGGUACAGCUCUAAAUGAUCACUUACUGACAGGACCUGAUCUCACAAAUGGUUUGUCAGGGGUUCUCUGUAGAUUCCGCAAACAUCCAGUUGCUAUCAUUUGUGAUGUAGAGAAAAUGUUUCAUAGAUUUCAUGUAAGAAGAGAAGACAGAAAUUACUUGCGGUUUCUUUGGUGGGAACAGGGGGAUACCAACUCAGAGCCAAAAGAAUAUCGCAUGAAGGUUCACCUCUUUGGAGCAGCGUCCUCCCCUGGCUGCGCCAAUUAUGGGAUGAAGUUCCUAGCAAAUGAAAAUGAAAGGGAGUAUCCAUCUGCGGCCAACUUCAUAAAGAAAAAUUUUUAUGUUGAUGAUGGCCUCAUCAGUGUGGAGACGGCAGGGAAAGCCCUCCAACUAGUGAAAGAGACACAGGCUGUGUGUGCAAAGGGGAAACUGCAUCUCCACAAGUUCGUCUCCAACGACAGAGAAGUCUUGGAGUCAAUUCCGGACUGUGAACGAGCCAGUGGAGUUCAUGAUGUGAAUCUCAGCCAUGGAGACUUUCCUGUCCAGACUGUGUUGGGAGUGAAAUGGAAUGUGGACAGUGACACUUUCUCUUUCAGUGUAUCCCUAGAGAAAAAACCAGCAACGCGGAGAGGAAUUCUUUCAACUGUAGCCUCUGUGUUCGACCCCCUUGGCUUCCUUGCUCCUUUUCUCCUAUUGGGAAAGAAAGUGCUACAAGAAAUGUGUAAAAAGGGCAUAGCAUGGGAUGAACCACUGCCCAAAGACUUAGAGCCACAGUGGAAAAAUUGGCUGAAUGAUCUGGAGAACCUGCAAAAGCUUCACAUCCCAAGAUGCUUUGCUCCUGAAUCCUUGGGAAAGGUUCAGAGAGUCGAGUUGCAUCACUUUUCAGAUGCAAGUAGCCAUGGAUAUGGUCAAUGUUCAUACAUCCGAGUGGUGAGUGAGGACAAAGUUCAUUGUUCUUUGAUCAUAGGCAAGGCCAGAGUCGCUCCCACAAAGGUUGUAACCAUACCAAGACUUGAGUUAACAGCUGCUGUGGUCUCAGCAGCAGUCAGUAGCAUGUUAAAAGAGGAGCUGGAACUCAAAAUUGAUCAGGAAUACUUUUGGACUGACUCCAAGAUAGUUCUAGGCUACAUUGCUAAUGAAGCCCGUAGGUUUCACGUUUUUGUCGCAAACAGAGUACAGAGAAUCAGAGACUCAACAGAUCCAGCCCAGUGGUACUAUAUUGAUACUGACCAAAAUCCGGCUGAUCAUGCCUCCAGAGGCCUCAAAGUGGCAGACUUGAUCAACUCCAAUUGGUUUACUGGGCCAAAAUUCCUCUGGGAGAGAGAAAUUGCCACACCAAAAACAAAUCCGGAGCUUAUGGUAGGAGAUCCUGAGAUAAAAACGACACAAGCACUGCAAAUCAGUGCUGUCAAGGAAGAGAACUUCCUAGACAGAUUCAAAAGAUUCUCUAAGUGGCAUACUGCAUUGAAUGUUGUAGCUCGAAUCCUACGGCUAGCACAAAAGGACAAAUUACCAGAGCUCAUAACAGUUGAAGAAAGGAGAAAGGCUAGUUUAGUGCUUGUGAGAUUAGCACAGAGAGAUGCCUUCAAAGAGGAGAUACAGAAGCUUAAGCAGGGAAAAUUGUCACAUAAUAAUCAGUUGUUUCAGCUUGAUCCAGUGCUGCAGGAGGGUGUCCUCAGGGUGGGAGGGAGAUUAAAGGCAGCUUCCUUACCUCUUCAUCAGAAACACCCAGCCAUCUUGCCAAAAGAUGGUGUCAUCACACGUAUGAUCCUGGACUACUGUCAUGAAAAAACUCAGCAUCAAGGCAGAGGUCAAACCCUCAAUGAACUGAGAGCAAAUGGCUACUGGAUUCAUGGUGGCAGUAAAGUUGUGGCAAAUCAAAUCAAACAGUGUGUCUCAUGCAGAAGAGCUCGCAGGCCUACAGAAACACAAAAAAUGGCUGACCUACCUGUGAACCGUAUUGACCCCUCACCACCGUUCUCAUUCUGUGGGAUGGACUGCUUUGGACCCUUUCCAACUAAGCAGGGUCGGAAGGAAAGUAAGAGAUACGGUCUGAUAUUCACUUGUUUAUCAUCAAGAGCCGUUCACAUUGAAAUGCUUGAGGAUCUAACAAUGGAUGCAUUCAUAAAUGCUUUGCGAUGUUUUAUAGCUAUCCGAGGACCUGUAAGAGAGAUCAGAUCAGAUCAGGGAACAAAUUUUGCAGGGGCUAGAAAUGAACUCUCAAAAACUCUAAAAGAAAUGGACAAAGAUAGAGUGGCUGCUUACUUAGCAGAGAAACAGUGUGACCUUGUCAUGAAUGUACCUGAUGCUAGUCACAUGGGAGGUGUAUGGGAACGACAGAUUAGGACAGUGAGAAGUGUCAUGACAUGGGCCCUCUCAAAGAGUGUUGGGAGGUUGGAUGAUGCAUCCUUGAGAACAUUUUUCUAUGAAGCCAUGUCAAUAAUAAACAGUCGCCCACUCACUAAUGACAGCAUCAGUGAUCCCAAAGGUGAAGAACCACUUACACCGAACCACUUGCUCACUAUGAAGACCUCUGUCCCUCUGCCGCCUCCAGGAAAAUUUGAGGCAGAAGAUCUGUACGCUAAGAAAAGGUGGCGCAGAGUGCAAUAUUUGUCUGAACAAUUCUGGUGUAGGUGGAAGAAAGAAUAUUUAGCAAACAUCACUCUAAGGCAAAAGUGGCAUUCUCCACGACGCAAUGUUAAGAUUGGAGAUGUUGUCAUUCUCAGAGAAGAGGGAUCUCCUCGCAAUGAAUGGAGACUGGGAAGAGUGUUAAAUGUUUGUACAGAUGAUGAUGGUCUGGUGCGUAAAGCCACUAUACAAAUAGGUAACAAAAAACUAGGAAAGGAAGGUCAAAGGCUCACUAAUCCAUCCAUUAUUGAGCGUCCUAUUCAUAAACUUGUUGUGUUAGUGGAAAGUAACUAAAGGUUUUCCAUAGUUACCAAAACAUGUAAUAUGUACUUGUGUUGAGAGAUACAAAACCAUUCUCAAUCUCAGAGUUCCUCCCUCAUACUUGUUUUGUGUAUUGUUUGAGAAAUUACUUGAUUUAUUCAAGGUUAAAGGUCAUCAUAAAUCAUAGUAAUUGGUGGGAGUGUAACUGUUUGAGACAGUGUUUAUGAGUUAAUGAAAUGGUUUUAAAAAGGUUAUAAAUAAGUAUGAGUAUGAGUUCAUAAACAAUUUAGAGUAUUAAAAAUGUGAGUAAAGAGACAGAAAGAGUUCCAAUGUGAUUUUAUUUUGAAAUGUACAGACAUGAUUUGUUGUAUGAGGAAUUGUGGGUAGAAGGAGAGCCCGCGCUUUGAGAAAAGAGAGUCUGGAUAUGGCAGCGCAUGGUCAGAAAACACAAAAAAGUGACUACACUAUGUUCUAGAGGCGCACACGUUUUCACGGUGUCUCAAGAUUGUUUGUCGUCGGAGGAGAAUGAGGAGAAAAUAAAAAAGAUGAAUCUUGA